UUAUUUAAUGAAGGACGUGUGACGUCACAGGGUUGUAAACAAAUUUCAAAACUGAAGACUAACACUUCACUAACACUAGAUCUAGAUCUAGAUCUAGGACUCUAAAUCUGAUAUCUAGGUAUUUAAAAGUAAGGUCACCAUGUCUGCAUUAAAGAGUAUUCUUCAUCAGUUUCCACCCCCGCCACAGCAUGGUCACAUGACAGCGUUAGAAAAAGAUGGACAAAUGAUGGACUUCCCUGACACAUUACCUGCACCUAGUCUUAUUGAUUAUCCUGAAAUUGUGCUUUCGAAGGAAUCAAUCAAUCGUACAAAUUUACGAUAUGAAAAAGCUCAAUUAGCCUUUCUUUCUACUGGUCAGGCUUCAUGGAAAAGGUUUAUAAAUACUGGUUUUAGUGAAGGAUUAUUCAAAAUGAUGGAGGAAAUAACUGAAGCCAAUGAUGAAGUGCCACCCUGGAUCUCAUCAACUUGUAAAGUCAUUGUUUCCCUGGUGGAAGCUGCAAAAACUUUAAGCAUGUCCUUUUUCGCACAGAGUUUUAUAACUGAUGAAGAGAUAUUUUUGAAAUAUAUGCAUGUAAAUAAUUGGCUCAAAAGUCCCAUCCAGUCCAUAGCAUGGCAUCCGCAUGUGGCAAAAGCUGCCGUGGCCCUACGUGAUGACUCUGUACAUAUCUACUACUCCGGGAACAGCCUGUCUCCAAUACUCAAGCACAAGCUACAGAAACAAGUUGCAGAUCUCGCCUGGCAACCAUUAUCAGCUUCAGUUCUGGCUGUGGCCUGUAAAACCUGUGUUCUUGUGUGGCAUGUGGAGCCCACAUCUUUAGCAGUGAGGCCCUCAGCAAGUACAGCCCAGGUAUUACAUUGUACCUCACAGUCUCCUGUCACUAGUCUGGCAUGGAGUCCCGAUGGUAGUCUCCUCAUCUCUGCAUCACCCAAACACAACUCUAUAAUUAUCUGGGAUGUGCCGAAAGAAAAUGGAGUUGUACAAAAACAAAGCACAGGUCGUGGAGUGUCGUUUCUGUCCUACUCUCCAGACGGUACUAAACUGUUUACUGCCACUCCAUCCAAGAUGUUUAGAGUCUGGAGUACUAAGCAUUGGCAGUGGGAGAAUUGGUCCAAUUUGAUUGGACCGUGUACAGCUGCUAGCUGGAGUCCUGAUGGUUCCGUUUUAGUGUUUGCAAUGGAAGGUGACAGUGCACUGUAUGCGGUGAGGUUUCCUGUUGGUGGAGAUGGUGAUGGUGUCAGUGCAGUUAGUUUAUCAGUACUUUUGGCGGAUGUUUCACCAGUUAACUAUUCCAUGCAUGAUGGCAGUAUUGUAAGGGCUGGAGGUCAAGUGAAGUCUAUUGUAUGGGAUGGAACAGGAGAGAGAUUAGCUGUGAUGUUUGAGACUAAUGAAACAGGCAGUGAUCAAUUUGUAGCAGUUUUUAAAACAACUAUUCAUCCUCUUAUGGAGCUCUUGCCUGGGGGUUUUGUAAAAGGCAAGUCAGGAGAGUCAGCAGUUCACAUUGCCUUUAUGCCAAACUGUUCUAAAGGAGCUCUGUUAAGUGUUGUUUGGUCAUCUGGUCGUGUUGGCUAUGUACCAAUGUUUUUUAUACCAGCCCAAAAGAUCCAUCACCGUAGUUCAGCUAACUUUGAUCCUUUGUCACCGGGCCCAUUCUUGUUUCAGAGAUAGAAUAAACUGAUGUUUUUAAUUACAAAUUCUGAAGUGAUGUUAUUGCAUUGAAAUCGUUUAUUGUAUAAACAUGAAAUCUGUUUGAAAUAUUUC